UUGAUAAAAAGACUCGACUUUUGACGUUUAGAUUGAGAAAGAUCCCCAUCGUUCUCUUCCAUUUUGCGACUACUUUAACCAUUCUAUAAGUCUCUGGGUCUGUCUUCGACCUCCUCUGAAGUGCCAUCAAUGGCGGUUCUCUGUAAGAAAAAUGUGGCUCUGUGCGCUCUCUUUACCAUUACCUCUGGCCUUUGUUUCUUCCAUUCAUCUGCAGAGCUUCAAAGGUUUGAGCACCCCACCAAAAGUGAUGGGUCGCUUAGCUUUUUGGUCGUUGGGGACUGGGGAAGAAGAGGGGCUUUCAACCAAUCUCAAGUUGCUCAUCAGAUGGGAAGGAUUGGAGAGAAGCUAGACAUCAACUUUGUAGUUUCAACAGGAGAUAAUUUCUAUGAUGAUGGAUUGACUAGUGAACAGGAUACAGCAUUUGAGGAAUCAUUUACCAAAGUAUACACAGCCAACAGCCUGCAGAAACAGUGGUACAGUGUUUUGGGCAACCAUGAUUAUAGGGGCAAUGCAGAAGCACAAUUGAGCCCUCUCCUCAGGAAAAUUGAUAGUAGAUGGCUCUGCCUGAGAUCUUUUAUUGUGAAUUCUGGAUUAGCCGAGAUUAUAUUUGUGGACACCACUCCUUUUGUCUAUGCAUACUUUACUGAUACAAAGGACCAUACUUAUGAUUGGAGGGGCAUCCACUCUCGCAAGCUUUACAUUGCAAACCUAUUAAAGGAUGUUGAAUUGGCAUUGAAAGAGUCAACAGCAAAAUGGAAGAUUGUUGUUGGUCACCAUGCCAUCAAAAGUGUUGGACAUCAUGGUGAUAUAAAGGAGCUUUCAAAGUGGCUUCUCCCUGUGCUUCAGGCCAACAAUGUUGAUUUUUACAUGAAUGGGCAUGACCAUUGCCUUGAGCAUAUAAGUGACACAAAAAGCCCUAUACAAUUUCUAACUAGUGGAGCUGGGUCCAAGGCAUGGAGAGGAGACAUUAAAGGACUGAAUAGAGGUGGUCUGAAGUUCUUCUAUGAUGGACAGGGUUUCAUGUCUGUCCAGCUGAACAAGAUGGAUGCAGAAAUUAUAUUCUAUGAUGUUUUUGGCAAGAUUUUGCACAGUUGGAGAACAUCGAAGCAGCUUCACCAAUCAACAUGAAGUUUUGCUUCUAGCUUCUAGGGCAAAGCACAAUGUAAACUUACCUUGUUAUGGACUGGAUUUUUGUAUGUCUUAGUGAUUCAAAAAAAAAAAAAAAAAGGUCUAAUGAGAU